GCGCAUCGGAGAAUGCGGCCCCCCUGAAACCUUUGCGGGAUGGCCGCUCUCAGGUCUCCCUCCGCUUGUGCGGUAUACAUAUUCUAAUACUGAUGCAUACUUGACGAGUCGGCAUGUAAUCGUAGUGGAGCAAGUGGAAAAGCCAACGCAAGAGUUGUUCGCAGCCCGUCGAGAGAGAGAGAGAGACUCGCCAAGCGGAGUGGUGGUUCGAGCCCGAAGAGCGUAGAUUAAAUGUGCGGCAAGGAUGGGAUUACCGCGCGACAACAAUGAGCCGCAUCACGAGUCGCUGCCGCGCGCGACCGUGUAGCAGCUUAAGUCUAACCAUAGGGACGGAAACGGCUGCAAAUCCGACCGGCGGAACGAACGCGCCCCCGAGGCGUUGUCGCCGUAUUCUCUGACAGUCGCAGGAUAAACAGGACACGGCCCGUCACACCGUCCGACGAGCGUUCCUCUUAGUGGCGAGGGACGAGGCGGAAGGAGGACCGUCAAGAUCGCAGCCUCGCGAGCUACCUGCAACCGUGCGUGCGAGCAGCAUCGGCGAGCGUCACCGACAUGUACCAGACGUGCGGCACGAGUCGUCGCGUUAACCGUACAAACGGCCCCGUCAGCUGAUCAUCAUUGAACAACGAAAUGUGAGCAGCAGGUAUCCCCAUCGUCGAGCCCACGAUCGUACAAUCACACAUUGCAGGUUCGAUUGUCGCGGCCUGAUUCCACCGCAUACAUUUAAGACUAAUCGUAACGCGAAAAGGCGGCGGUGCGAGCACUUCAGUCGGUAGGUAAGGAUUCACAUGGGAACAUGGGGAACAAGAAUAGCUGUUGUGUCUACUCCAGCCCGCAAAGUGGACGCAAGGAACCAGGCUCCGAAGGUACCACUCGGAACCUGGAGGAACACCUGCCCGAAGGUGGGAUUAGCGUUAAUAAUUUGCAACAUAUCAGUGAACGUGAGCCGGAAGAUUGGGACUCUGAUCCGUCGUUGCAUCCGUGCGCGGGGACUAUUUUCAUGGAGCGCUCAAAGCAAGCCAUAGAGAAUGGCAUGGUGAGGAAAAAGAGUCAACAUCAGAUAGCGGAUACAAGGCCUUUGAAGAAAAGUAGUAGCUGCAGUACAAUAUAUCUAGACGACAGCACGGUCUCACAACCUAAUUUAAAGAAUACCGUCAAAUGCGUUGCCUUAGCUGUUUAUUACCAUAUUAAGAAUAGAACGUCGCAGCGACAGAUUGAUAUAUUCGACGAGAAACUGCAUCCAUUAACGAGAGAUGGCGUUUCAGACGAUUAUGAUAAACAUAAUCCAGAGCACAAGCAGAUAUAUAAAUUUGUGAGGACUUUGUUUAAUGCCGCUCAGCUCACAGCUGAAUGUGCCAUUAUAACAUUGGUUUACUUAGAACGCCUACUUACUUACGCGGAAAUAGAUAUAACACCGGCGAACUGGAAACGGAUAGUAUUAGGAGCUAUUUUAUUGGCGUCUAAGGUCUGGGACGAUCAGGCGGUAUGGAACGUAGAUUACUGUCAAAUAUUGAAAGACAUCACUGUGGAAGACAUGAACGAGCUGGAGAGACAAUUCCUGGAAAUGCUGCAAUUCAACAUAAAUGUUCCUUCGAGUGUAUAUGCCAAAUAUUACUUCGAUCUUCGUACACUUGCGGAAGCAAACGAAUUAACAUUCCCUAGUGAACCUCUUAGUAAAGAAAAGGCGCAGAAGUUAGAAGCUAUGUCCAGAGUCUACGAGGACAAGGUUACAGCCGUGGCUCUACGUACCGGUGUUAAGAAAUGGUCCAGCUUAGACAAUGUAUGCAUAGGCGGACCUAGACGUAGCAUCGCUAUUUUAUCUUAAGCAUAUGUACGAAUAUACAAAGGGUGUUUAUACCUGCCCUCAAGGUCCGCGACCACUCCUUUUUAAACACCUCGUGUGAGCGGAUGUAAACGUAUGUAUGGAUUACUGUUCAUACUUUAAAUGGAGGUAUACGUGGAAUUUCGUGUAGAAAUGUCAUCAUUGUUACCGAAUGUGUUUUUUUUAAUCUCUUUCACAAGGAAAAAGAAAUUGUUUGGAUUGCCCGACAUUUACGUUGCGUUUCUAUUUAAUUGAUAUGAAUUAAUGUUCGAUGUAUAACAUAUACAUCUCACACGAACGAUAGAGUCAUCGUCUUACGGACGCUAUUUUACGUGCUGUCCGAGCUAGAUGUUAAAAACAUUACAUAUACUACGUGGUGUAUUGCUAAGUUGUACCGUAACGAAAAAAAACUUACCGCUGAAUUUGGUUCACAAGUGACUUUAGAUUUACUCUUGAGAUCACGACAGGUAAUUGUACCUGUGGGUAUUAUAUCUCGAUUUGCCGUCAGUUUCUCAACGAGUAUGCUCUCGGUAUCCGCGUUAAAGAGGAAUAUAUACGCUCUAAUUGGAACAAAAUUCCAAAUUAAAUUCCCUUACCAAUUUAAACAAUUUCUAAUUCGCUUUGAUCAAACAUGUGUUACACUAAUUACAUCUCAACCCGAGAUACAUAUUAAUCUUACUCGUCAGUCUUGUCUUGUCGAGUAUUAUUAAUAUAUCUCCACAGCCAAGAUUCUAUCAGUCCGGGACCUCACGAUGCGAAUAUAUAAUAAUAAAACAUACGAAUACGGUAUAUUAUUGAGGCAAAAAGAAAGAAAAAAAAGAAACGGAAGUUUUAGUCCUAGCAUUAUCUGUGUAUCGUCCUCUUAUAUGGGAGAGAAAAUAACUUGUGAUAUAUAUUAGUCAACUAUUCAUUAUCCAAAGCAUUUUAUAUAUUGACUGAAUCUAAUAAGAAUCAAAGUUACGGCUGAUUUACUAAUAACAUUCUAAACGAAAGCGAAAAUACGCAGCAUGCUUCGAGUAAAAUUAUCGAUAUUCGUCGUAACAUUUACGUAACUUACCACGAGAUACUCCAAUUAGAGAUUCGCGAGGCGAAGCUAUAAUGCACAUUACUAUAUAUAUAUAUAUAUAUAUGUGUAUAUAUAUAUACAUAUGUGUAUAUCUUGAUAUAUCUAAAUUAUUUUAAGUAUAUCAAUAUAUCACUUAUACAUACUUGUGUCUUACUAUUAUAUACAUUGUGAAGGAGAUCAAUGUGCAAAUUUGUCGUGGUGAUUUACAGCAGACAAGUUGUAUAUAGUUUCUUUACAAUGAUAUAAUAUAAGCAUACACAUACACAUGCUGUACAUCGUUCAUUUAUUUUGCCGCGCGCGAAAGCAAGCCGCGUUGAAAAAAAGAAAUUACCUUUAGAAUUAUCUUCGAUCAAACGAUUCAAGUGGAACGCGUGAAUUUUCACGGGGAGAAUUAACGCCGCAGACACACACACACACUCUGCGCGCGACGCUCGAUUAAUUUAAAGCAUCGUAUAUUUUGAUCGACGAUUUGUGUAUUUUGGAUAAUAGUACAUACAUAGCAAGAACACCAUUUACAUAUAAUAUAAUAAGUAUAUGGUAGUGUGUAAACAUUAGCAAAUCAGCCUUUAUAGCUUGUUAGGGAAACGAAAGGCAUGAUAAAUUAGUCGGAAUGAUUGCUUUUAUAUACGGCGCUACUUCCAUGAAUUUGUAACUAGAUAAUGCGCAAGAUUAAGGAUAAGCCAUGAUAUCAGGGUUGCAUCUUUAUUUGUAAAAUCUAAUACACUCUCGGUCUUCGUUGAUAUAAUCGUAUUUGAUUUUUAAUUACGGAUCACUCUAUUGUAAUUGUUCGAAAAGAAGCCAACUCCUCGAUAUCAAGUCUCCUUGUUUGUUCGUUCUUGCUUCUUUUCACAGAUAUUGCGUAAUACGCAUUGAUGUUUUAGGUACUUUAUAUGAGUAUACUCCCCUCCCUCCACAUACACACACAUACACACACACACAUUCACACAGAGUUACGUUGAAUAAUCGUUCGGUGCUCUUUCGUGGGAAAAAAUCAUAUAAUAAUUUCGUUUUCUCACACACUCGCCGUUACUGCUAGGAAAUCUGAAUUCAAAUGCUUUAUACACAGGCGCGCGCGGGUUGAUUGUUUCAACAUAAAUAUUGAAUGUUUAAUUUAACAAUCCGACAGCCACGCGCAAUUGAGAGGAAGAGAGAGAGAGACACUUGUUCUCCCCAUGAAUCGCGUAUAAUUGAAUCUUCCAAAGAGAUCAUCGAAAAGCGCGCUCACUGAGGAAGAAAAGGAAGAAAAAAAGAUACUUCGAGAUUGUAUCAUACUCACACUUUUACACGUAUGACCAAGGUCAAAUUAAUACCAUUUAAUGUACUAUUAAUCGUGUAUCAUAUGCCACUAACUGACUUGUGUACGAUAAUUUCAUAUUUUGUACCUACCAGUUUAGAAGUUUAAACUUAAGAUAGUCUUUAUCUCGCGUAUAUGACUGGUUAUAUAUAAAUAUAUAUAAAAAAAGUAUAUAUAUAUAUAUAUAUACAUCCGUUAAGGAUUAAAAAGCGUAACACGAAAUUCCGUGGAUUGGAUUCCCUCGGAAUCGCCGUUACGAAACGAUAUAUAUAUAUAUUUACGGUUCAUUAUUAUUUUUAUAUUUUAUUACACGCGAGAGAGUCGACGUAUUGUCGAGGUGGAAUUCACAAUACGACGACUGUCGAAAUACGACGUAUGCGGCGAGAAAGAGGAGAAGAGGAACGGCGUACGAGUUCCCGAUUCUCGGCGCAAAAUGUAUAGCGUAUGUACCGGUUCGAUGGUAUAUGUAAGCGUAGUAGUAUAACAUAUCCGCAAUUUCUGUCCAGAUUACGAGGUUUCGUUCAGCCGACCGAUUUGCAAAGGUAUAUUUUUAGGCGUAUCACCGAGGAUUAAGUAGCCACACGCACACAUACACACACAUGUAUGACGCGCUACCGGCGGAAAGCGUUCGCACAACUCGAUCGAAAGCGAACACACACACGUACACACACUGUGCGAUGCCAAAAUAUUGUAAAACGGAAAGAAAGAAGAAGAGAGUUGUACGCUGUAUAAACUGACACUGCAGAAAAAAGAAAGAAAGAAACGCGUGUGCUCCGCGCUGCACCGAUCUCGGUUCGUUUCGCGUUCUGAUUUUCUGACGAGACUUAGAUCUUACGAAUUCUCUCGCGCGUGACUAUUUUUAUAAAAUAGAGAUUCAUUCACGAAGACAAUCUUCGAGUCUCAUUGCGUCCUGUAAAUAAAUUGCCGAGCUCGUGUUUAAGAUUCGUCGAUGUGUAUAUCAUAAAACCGUGCCGCUCUCUCUCUCUCUGUUUAGUAGUUGCUCCAGCAGAACAUCUCUCACGCUUGAAGGUAGUGUCGUCUCUCGGCAACAACGUCGCCUUUAAGUCUUCCAUCCUAAUGUCCAUGAUAGAAUCUUGCGAUUCUUUAUUCCUUGUAAUAAGCAGCACUAUGUUAAUACGUUACACACAUAUAUAUAUAUGUGUAUAUAUAUAUAUAUAUAUAUUGUGACCGAUGCUUUUAAUAUGAAUGCUUUAAUAUGAAUUUGUGAUAAAUAGUUGAUACAUUAACGAUAUCGUUUUUAACGUAUAAAACAAUCUGCGGAAGGCUGUCUGAUUUCACUACUUUACCGUCUGUUCGAUCGUCCCGGCGGGUACGAUACAUCGCGAAGUUGCGACGAAUUUGUAUAUUCGGCCGCCACACCUCCCUCCUUUCGGUUUUUAGCCGAGCAGAAGGAACGAUUUGAUCGUAGUGAUUUCUCUGUCUUGCGUUUUGAAAUUGACGUUGCCGCUUGAAAAGACGUAGCGCUUUCGCGUAACUGUUGCAUGCAAAAAGUGCGUUUCUCUCUCAGAUAUGUAAAAAAUAUAAAUUACCGAUACUUUUUAAUAUCUCGAUUUUAAACGCGCUUCGUAUCUUCGACUCCAAGCGGUCGCACGAUGAACGUGGGCGACGAGAGAGCGAUAUGUGCGUACGUACGUACGACAGUGAAGAUGUAUAAAACGCGAGCUUUUCUGCAAAAGAAAUUAUUAUUGAUAAUGAUUAUACACACACACACACACAUACACGUAUACAUACACACAGAGAAAGAGAUGUACUAUUGCGAGUACUCGACUAUGUAUACAACGGUUGUAUCGGGAAUCUGACGAUUGUAUACACAAGCGGAGCCACUCUCUUGUCUCUCUUCGAACCGCCAAAUUUCUAAGAGACACGCAAUUUCUUAUAAAAAAAUAAAAUUGUGCCUGAAAUCAUUUAUUCAA